AUGGCGCCGGCAGACAACCUCUCCCCGCCGGGGUCGAGUUCCUACUCUUCCGACACCCUGACGGUGGGCGAUGGAACAUGGGAUUUCACCAAGAACACAUUCCUGCUACCCAACCUUGUAGGGCUGAAUUUUGACACUAUGCGCUACAAUGUGCUCUACUUCAUCCUGGACUACCGCGACUACGGCCGUCGAGAUUACAACAGAGGCCGUGCCCACAGCAGCCAUGUUGGUGCCGGGGACGAAAGUAGCCGAGUCACCGAGAAAUCGGGCGGCAUGAUGAAGUGGCUCGGGCCACUCGCCGCCGGCGCGGGAGCAAUAGCACUGUUACGGGGCCGCAAGAAGAACAAGGACACCGAACGAGGCUUGAGUCGCAGCCCCAGCCCGGUGGGUCGUCCGCACCGCGCGACUGUCAUUUCCUCACGGCGAGAAUCGGAUAGCUACUACGACGAGAAACAUCCAGACCAACGCCGUGUGAGCGGCGUAACCAGCGGGGGCGGUGGAGGCGGCUUCAUGAAUAAGAUUUUUGGAGUCGGCGCCGGACUGGGCGCGGGGGCGCUAGUCGCCAAGAUGAUGAACCGUGGAGACAGGCGCCACGACGAUGAAUACUCGGCCGUCGCGACCGACACGCCUAGCCGUGUACGCAGGCACCCGCCGCCAAGGAGCGAGUUCACCGAAAGCGAGUUUACAGACUUGACCGAGGACACCCGAAGAUAUCCGAGCCGCCGCGAUGCAGAAUCAUCCAUCCUUCCGCCCCCUCGCCCACCGGCUGGCGGUGGUAGACCGACGAGACCUAUGACCCCGCAGCGUUCGCACGCGGCUACGUCUCGAUUUGACAGCACGAUCGAUGGCUCAGAUUACUCGUCUUAUGUUAGCCCCUCUAGGAGAGCCUCCGAGCCGGCGCGAAAGAAUAGCGGCGGUGGUGUCGGAAAGGGGCUCCUUGCCGGCAUGGGGUUGGGAUUUUUGGCCAAAAUGGGCAAGGACAGGCGGGAUAGGAGGGAAGAGGAACGAUUGAGGGACGAAGAAGACAGGCGGAGAGAGGAGGAGGAGGAUAGGAGAGCAGGGCGCCGGAACUCAAAGUACACGGGCGACGGGUACCCCACCCCAACCAGACAAGGAUCAAGACGGCGACCACAUAGGCCCCCACCGUCCGGAAUCACCGCCACCGAGACCAUGACGGGGACCAUGACGGGGACCAUGACAGGAACUUCAGUGUUCUCGGAGGAAUCAUCGAUUGAGCCGCGCGGCAGUACACCAUAUGAUCCAGCGCCGCCGGGUAUGCGGCCACCUCCUCCAGGCUCAGUCCCCGCCCCUGGUGCCCCUCCUGCGCCGGGAGCCUUUGCCGGAGGGCCACCCCCAGCGCCCAUUCCGGUUGCAGGCACCAUGCCCGGGCCUCCUCCACGGUACGAUGCGGCGGAACCAGUGUCCAUGCCACCAAUCCCGCCAGACCCGCAUGGGAUCUUCCACCGCGACUCGGACGGCAGCGAAGCCUACGGCGCCACCGCCCCCGUCCGCAGCCGCAGUAGCCGAAGACGGCGCGAAGUCGACCCGGCCAUCGCGGCGGCCAACGCUUCCGCUAGCGCCCUAGCCCUCGAGGAAGAAGAGCGCCGCCGCCGGGGGGAGCGCCCCCACCAGAGUCCCAUCAGCGUAAGCCUGCGCGUGGCCGACGACGACCCCAACCGAUUCACCUUCCGGCGCGUCGCCGAGGGAGAAGCCGUCGGACACUCAGGCGGCAGCGGCCGCCCCCGCCGCCGGGCCGAUUCCGUCAGCAGCCAAUCAGGCAACGAGACCCCCACCGCUGCCAGCGCCGGCAGGAGCUAUCGCCGCGACCGCCGGGAGUCGACCAGCCGCGGCCGCGCCGAGACCGCCGCCGAGCAGCGCGUCGAGGGAGGAAACACCACCGGCACAUCGGCCGACGAGCUGGACCCGCCGAACCCCGCCUUCGCGAGACGCGCCGGCGGCAAGGACUCGGCGUACUAUUCCGGGGGGGCCGGUGCUGCGGCUGGCGGUGCGAGCGGUAGUGGUGGUGCUGCGGGCCCGUCGGGCGCCGUGCCUGCUGCCGGCGCGACCAUCUCCACGCUGGACAGCCCUGCGGGGCUGAUGAGCCCUGGUGGCAGCCAUGCUACGUUUACGAGCGUGCCGAUGACGGAUGCGGGCGCCGCGGCGGAUCGGAGGCGCAGGAGGAGGUUGGAGCGCAGGGAUGGGAGUCGGCAGCCUACGAGCGUGGAUUAUUCGUGA